AUGGCCACGCCUCCUUCGCCGGGCCGGCCUGGCCCGUCCUUUGUCACACUCGACAGUUCUGCCAGCGGCCCCGCGAUGCGCGUCCAGUGGCAAGCUGUUCAGGAAGGGCAUCAGCACAUGCUGGGAAUCGCGGCAGGGGCAGGUGGCAGCGGCGGGGCUGCAGCGCCUGGGAAUUUGGGUGACCAGGCGCAGGCGGGCCGCUUGAGCAGCGCGACAGUCGAGGAAGAUGGCGCAGCCGGCGGUGCCUAUGACCACGAUGACGUCUUGACACUUGAUGGUGCGCCUCCGGAGGUCGACGAUGAUCCGCUCAGCCUUCUGAACGCGCAGCAGUUCGAGGAGCCGCCAGCUGUCGCCGGCGCACUGCCGGCCGAUGGUGGCGGGCCUACAGAGGCCGAAACCGCAGCUGCUGUUGAUCAGUUCAUGGAGCUUAUCGCGGCCCUCGGCAUCUCGGAUGCCAUGGACCAUGCAGAAAAAGAGCUGGGGCCUGCCAUGGUCACCGCGGCCUUGUAUCCUGGCGCCGAGAUUACGCUGCUGCAGUACAUCACGUGGCUCCUGCGCCUGCGCGAGGCGCACACCAUGCGCGACCACAUCAAUUGCUCCAGCACCGACGACUUUGAGCAGCACGUGUGCGUGAACGACUGUGAGCGCUUCCCACCGCUGGCCCGCAGCGAUUACAAGCAGCACUGUGACGCGCGCUGCACCAAGUGUGGGGAGCGGCGCUUUGACACCCAGCCCUCGGCCAGCGGCGAGCGCUAUGUGCCUCGCAAGCGCUUUUGGCACCUUGGCCUGCGGCACGCCGGGCUCCAGCUGAUGGCCAACUCUGCCUUCUGUGAACUGCGCGGCCAGGGCCGCGGGGCCCCUGACAGCUUCUACACCUCAGAGCUGGCUGCAGAGAUGGACACCGCCACCGGGGGUGCAGUCAUGAACCAAGACAACUCGUGCUACGAGAUCUUCCUGGACUUUGCCCAGCCUUUCGCCUUCAAGCAGCACUCCAUGGGCGUGGUCGCGGUCAGGUGCCUUGACAUCGGUGUCCAGCACCGCAGCAAGCGCUCCCUCAUCCAGCCGCUGGUCAUCAUCCCCGGCCCCAAGGAGCCCAAAAGCAUGGGCCCCUACCUAGAGCUACUGCUGGACGAGUUCAAGAAGUUUGGACCCACAGGUCCCGGCCUGGCCAUUGCGGCAACUGAGUCGCAGCCCGCCUUCAUACACCGCAUGCUGCUGGCGGGCGUUGCCGCUGACACCCCUGCUGGACGCAAAGUGUCCAUGUGGCUGGCGCACAACGCGUAUCGGGGGUGCGGCUGGUGCUGGUUGUUAUCCGUGCGAUCUGAAGACGGCGUGAACUACUGGCCCGGCUACAAAGAGGCCGUCCCUGCUGGCGUGUACACCCCCCCACCAAAGCCCAGCGACCCGCCUGGGCCGCCGCGUCAGGUGCCUGUGGCGCUGGCGGGUGAGACCUUCGUCACUGAGGCGCAGCACGUUGCGCGCGCCGCCAGCGUGGCUGCCGGCGCUGCUGACGCACAGAGCGUUGGUUGCCAUGGCCCCAGCUGCAUCGUCACGGCGCUGCCUUACGUCACCUACGACGUCUUCCUGCUGCCCAUUGCCCACGCGUGCCUGCUGGGCUUGGUCAAGAACUUCCUCAACACAAUCUUUUCCAGCGGCCAGCGAGGCCAGGCCACGCCCUGGUGGCGGAUUCCCAGCUAUGCACGCGCCAUCAUCGCAUCACGCGCCGCCCACGUUCGUGCGACCGACGACUUUGGCCGCCCCUACACCUGCGUGGUCAACGCUCGUGGCAGCUGGGUGAUGGAGAACUACCUGCACUUUAUAGAGACAUUCUCCAUCUACAUUUUCGCACCUCAUGCAACCAUCGGCGACGUGCUGCCUGACCAGCGCCUGCGCACCAUGUGGGGACACCUGCGGAACGCGGUGCUGACAAUCCUGCGGCCUCUGGGUGACACACACCCAACGGCUGUCGCGGCUGCUAAGUAUGCCCAGUCCGAGCUGAUGGAGUACGGCAAGAUCGCAGAGGAGUACUUUGGCAGGCUGCUUUGCAAGUACAACCUGCACCAGUUGGUCUGCCGCCUUGUGAGGCAGGCGCAGCUUCGCGGCCAUUCCAGUAGCUGGAGCGAAUUCUGGGGAGAACUGUACAUCCAGUACAUGAAGAGCGCCACCAAGUACCGCAGCACGACCACUCCUGAGCUGGUGAUUCUGAAGACAUUGGUCGUGGACGCAGCCCUGGCAAAGCUCAGCAUGCAAUAUCCCCAGUUUACGAAAACAUUUGACGAGCUCAUCCCGCAGUACCGCGCCGCUGGCAUGCGCGGCCGCAACGUGGACACCGUUGAGGGCGGCGCAGCAGGCAGCGUCGAGGGUGGCGGCGGCGCGGGUGGUGCCGCAGAUAGCGCCGCGGGCGACGGCCUUGCAGGUGCGGUGGCCGCCGAGCAGGGGGGCGGCGCCGGCCGCGGCCAGCAGGGCGGUCGUGGCCAGGGCGGCGGCCAGGGCGGCGGCGGCGAGGGCGGCGGCGGCGGCCAGGGCGGCGGCGGCCAUGGCACCGGCGGCCAGGCGGAGGGCGGGGUGGAUGAUGAGCGGGACACCCAGCUGCUGCUCGGCAGUGGCAAGAAGCUGUCUGCUGCGGAGUCUGAGCGGGUGGAGCGCAGCAUUCGCUUACGACUGACUGAUGUGGUCUGGCCAGCUCUGCCUGGCUGGCACCCUGUCUGGCUUAACAUGGCGGCAGUCCUCAAAUACCAGCAUGCGGACCAGGGCGGCGGGGGUUUCACAUUCAAGUCUGCGGCGUACACGCGCGCGACUCAGCGGGUAUCAUAUUUUGCUGUGGCGCGGUACAUCGAGGACGGCGAGGCUGUUGCCUAUAUAGCCAGGAUCCACUUUUUCGCCAAGUUCACUGCAGCCGCGCGCCAGGCGGCAGCAGAUGCCGCUCACGCAGCCCAACAGGCCGCGGAUGCACACCCUCCUGGCCCCUCUUCGGGUGGGCGCGGCCGCGGCCGCGGCCGCCGGCAUGCGCAGGCAAACUCUGCAUUUGAAGCAGCUGCACAAGCUGCGAGGGCCGCUGCAACUGCGGCUGCGCAGGAGCCACCACAGGCACUUCGCGUUGCCUUUUGCGACUUGUACCGCGCGCGCGCACGCGCCACGUGGCGGGGGACAGGGUACUAUGUCUCUGAUCUGUCGGCGCCAUUCAAGGCUGAUGUGUGCAUUCCUUUGAACGAGCUGUCUGAGAAGGUCAUUGCGUGCUCACGCAUGUAUGACCGCGCGGCGCAUCAGCCGGCCGCUGCCAGCUGCAUCCCUGCAUGGUUUAUCCCAUAUGCGAACCUCUCGAACACCGUGGCUCUCUAG